AUGUUUAGAUCACAAGGAAUGAAAAGAUGGACUAUGAAGAGGUUUUUAUGUCUUUCCAUAGGGACAGCAAGUAUUAUUUACGCGACACUUUUGAUAUUGAUGUCUAUUCUUAUGUUAACACAUAUGUCACACUACAACGAAACAUUAUUCAUAGUGAUGUCAAUUUUUAAUUGUAUUUGUUCUAUACUUAUAUAUAUAUCAGUAAUACACAAAAAUGCCUUUACAGCUUAUAUAGCAUAUAAUAUAGUUAUAAUAAAUUAUUUAGUGGAAGCAAUUGAAUGUUUAGUAUGCCUAUAUAAUACUUGUACUUCUCACAGUGUCCAGUGGUAUUAUGAUAAUUUUAAUUGGCAUAGAAAAAUAAUGUUUAAUUAUCUUAUAUAUUAUGGGAUACUAGAAAUGAUUGUUCAUAUAUUUAUGUUUACUGUGGCUUUUUUCAUUAUACAAUUGGUAUGGAGUUUUUACAGAAUUUUGCAAGUUGGUGGAAAUAUUUUUUCCUUUCAACGGGCCGAAGAUAUUGAGAAAAGCUUACAUGGAACACAUUACUACUCUUAUGGAACCAUGGCCCAUAUGCAACCAUACUGA